AAAGUUCACUACUUCUCGAUCUCAGCUUUAAGAUAAUUUCACCCGCCUCCAUCGUUACCGGAAUCUCUCUCUUUCUCCGCCGACCUCCUUCGAAUCGAGUUUUCUUUUACCUUUCUACUUGCGCUGAAGGUUCCAUCGCUACCACCACUAGAGUCAUGGCUGAAGCUGAAGAUCAGCAAAAUUUUGUUGCACAUAAUGGAGAUCAGGUACCAGAUCAAGGGUUAGACGAGGUGCAUAAUGGGAUACCGUACCAGGGCCAUGAUGAGACCAUUGGUCACCAACAAUACGAGGUUCAAGAUCCGAUUCUUGAACCUCCACAGUACGUUGUACAAGAUCAGACUCUUGAACCCCAGCAGUACGAGGUUCAAGAUCAAUUAGAGUAUCAAGGAUACCAGGGGCAGGACCAGGCUCAUGAAGAAGUCCAAGAUCAGCCGCAAGAUGACCUACAAUAUCAGCCACAAGAUCAGCCGCAAGAUGACUUACAAUACCAGCCUCAAAAUCAGGAGCAGUAUCAGUUGCAAGACGAGGCUCAUGAUCAGGCCCACUAUCAGGUGGAAGGUGAGACACAAGAUCACAAUGGUAAUGAAGUGCAAGAUAAAGUAGAAGAUGAGGAAGGAAUUCCUGAGCAUCUUGAGUCUUUAGAGAAAUCAGAGCCUGAAGAAGGUGCAGCAGUUGGAGGUGAGGAGAAGAGGUGGCCGGGAUGGCCCGGAGAAACGGUGUUCCGCAUGCUGGUUCCUGCACAAAAAGUGGGUAGUAUCAUUGGUCGCAAAGGUGACGUCAUUAAGAAAAUAGUUGAGGAGACAAGGGCUCGAAUAAAGAUUCUUGAUGGUCCUCCAGGCACAACCGAAAGAGCUGUUAUGGUUUCUGGUAAAGAAGAGCCCGAAUCAUCUCUACCACCUUCUAUGGAUGGCCUUCUUAGAGUCCACAUGCGGAUAGUUGAUGGUUUGGAUGGUGAAGCUUCUCAGGCCGCUCCGGCUUCGAAGGUGUCAACAAGAUUACUAGUCCCAGCAUCUCAGGCUGGAAGUUUGAUUGGAAAACAAGGAGGAACAGUUAAAGCUAUUCAGGAAGCAUCCAGUUGUAUAGUCCGAGUUCUUGGAUCAGAGGAUUUGCCUGUUUUUGCCCUUCAAGACGAUAGGGUUGUUGAAGUUGUGGGGGAACCAACAAGUGUUCAUAAAGCCUUGGAGCUGAUUGCGUCACAUCUCAGAAAGUUCUUGGUUGAUCGUAGCAUCAUCCCAUUCUUUGAAAAUCAGAUGCAAAAGCCAACUCGCCAGAUGGAUCAUAUGCCACCACCGCACCAGGCAUGGGGUCCUCCUCAAGGUCAUGCACCAAGUAGUGGGCCAGGAGGCUAUGGUCACAACGCACCUGCAUAUAUGCAACCACCUCCUAGACAUGAUAGUUACUAUCCUCCUCCUGAGAUGCGUCCACCUCAAAUGGAGAAACAGCCUCAUCAAGGUAUAUCUGCAUAUGGGAGAGAGCCUCCUAUGAAUGUGCACGUAUCGUCUGCUCCACCUAUGGUCGCUCAGCAAGUUACACAGCAAAUGCAGAUUCCAUUGUCUUACGCAGAUGCUGUAAUUGGGACAUCAGGUUCAAACAUAAGCUACACAAGACGUCUUAGUGGAGCAACGGUAACCAUUCAGGAAACGAGGGGAGUACCUGGUGAAAUGACCGUUGAGGUUAGCGGAACUGGCUCACAAGUCCAAACUGCUAUGCAGCUUAUUCAGAACUUCAUGGCUGAAGCUGGAGCGCCGGCACCAGCACAGCCUCAAACUGUAGCACCAGAGCAGCAAGGCUAUAACCCAUACGCAACACAUGGCUCAGUCUACGCACCGGCUCCAACAAACCCACCUGGAGGAUACGCUACGGACUACAGCUCAGGCUACGGUUACUGAUACAAGAUUUCCAAGUUCUUUAGAGUUGUUUUUACUAGUUGCAAGCAAAAGAGUGAGAACGCUAGAUGCCUAAUGGAGUAUAUGUUGUUAUUAGCGAGCGCACUUGGGGUUCUUGAAUCAAUCAAAUAUUAUCCUUUUUCGUUUGGACAGCAAUCAAUCAGUAUUAUCUUCUCUAGUCGUUUCGAGACUUCGUCAUAUGUGCACUGCUCGGUAUUGUCUUUAUAAAAUUUAACUAUUAAGCUGUUUUUGAUCAAA